AUGUCUUCGAACCCCAAUCGUGGAUUGUCACAUCGUGGUGUUCUCCACGAAUAUGCUCCCAGGCUCGUAGCCUUUGAGUUCAUGUCGCCCACCAAGGCGAGCAGCAAGCCAAAUAGCUUGAUUUUCGUGGGCGGACUGACCGAUGGAUUCUGUACAGUCCCUUAUGUAUCAAAACUUGCAGAAGCUCUGGAAGAAACGAAUUGGUCACUAUUCUCCGUCCUUUUGACCUCUUCCUACAAUGGAUUCGGAACCAGCAGUCUCGACAGGGACGUGGAGGAGCUUGGCAAAUGUGUGCAAUUCAUCCGAGACCUGAAAGCCGAUCAAACGCCCGGGGCACCCUCAGUGUCGUGUAAGAUCGCGAUCAUGGGUCACUCAACGGGCAGUCAGGAUGUCCUACAUUAUCUUCAUGCACCUAACCCUCUGCCGAAGACUAAAUUCGAUAUGGGACUUCAGUACAUUGUUCGCCCGGAGCUAGAUGGCGCAAUCAUGCAAGCUCCUGUCUCUGACCGCGAAGCUAUUCUCGAUAUUAUCAAAUCUGCUCACAAUCCAAACGAAACACGAGAUGCCUAUGACCGGCUGGUGAACGCUGCCAAAACUCAGCCAUUGGCCCAUGAUGGGACGGAUUCUAUUCUUCCAAUGAACAUGAUCGCAAAGGUCGGCCUACCUGGUGAUGCGCCGCUCAGUGCUCGCAGGUUCCUUAGCCUCGCCAGCCCAGACAGCCCGGCGAGCCCGUCGGAUGAUGAUCUCUUUAGCUCCGAUCUGAGUGAUAAGUGUCUUGGGGAGACCUUCGGGGCCAUUGGAUCGCGCGGUAUUUUGCAAUCAAAGUUGUGUGUGCUAUACUCUGGCAGCGAUGAAUACUGCCCGUCAUGGGUAGACAAAGAAAACUUGAUGGGACGGUGGAAGCAGGCCACCGAGGCUGGAGGUGCCAAGUGGGAUAUGGAAACCAGCGGCGUGGUUCCUGGCGCCAGUCACAAUGUCAAGGACAGAGGCCAGAAGGAUCUGCUUGACCGCGUCCUCCGGUAUUUGAAAAGUAUCUGA